AUGGACAGUAACUGUCCGGGUAUUCAGAAGUGUUGUGUUGAGCCAAAUCCUGUGACAAAUUCAGCGACGAGGAUCUGCCGUGAUCCAGUUGGAGUUCGAAGCAUCACGGGUACUCCACAAUGUCCAUCCGAUGCCAAUGUUGGGUUGAACUGUCUUUUUGCUCACGCCGACGCUUGUAAUUCCGAUAGCGAUUGUUUGGGACGCGAGAAUACGGUAAGUAUCUGCUUCCUCGUAGUAAUCCUGUUGUUCGCAUAG